AUGGAACCAAACAUCGGAACGAUCAUCCAAGAGCAACCCCAGGUUCAAUACGACUUAUGGAAAGCAGCAUUCGGCUUUGGGGAACAUGGACAACGUUCCAAUGUUCUCCCCAGUCCUGAAGCUUUAAUAAGAGCAAGGAACUCUCUCCCAGAAACCCUUGCGGAAACUGGUGUCGGAUUCAAAGCCAUCCAGACACAUAUCCUCAAUGAUAUCGUCCCUGCUACAAAUGCCGGGAGCAUCAGUCCAAAUUACUAUGGCUUCGUUACAGGUGGAGUCACUCCCGCCGCUUUAUUCGCGGAUAAUGUCGUCUCGGCCUAUGAUCAGAAUGUCCAGGUGCAUCUUCCAGCUCACUCCAUCGUGACGGAGCUGGAGUACAAUACGUUGGGCCUUCUUGCAGAUCUCCUUUAUUUGAAUCGAAAGGACUGGCAGAAUGGCACAUUUACCACAGGCGCAACGGCAAGUAAUAUCCUGGGUCUCGCGUGUGGGAGGGAAUUCACUGUCCGAACUGCCUGUGAACGUAGUGGAUGUCCCAUUCGGAGUGUGGGAGAGUCUGGAUUAUUCGAGACCCUUCAAGCUUCCGGAUUAUCUGGUGUCCAGGUCUUAUCGACGUUGCCGCAUUCGUCUAUUGGAAAGGCUGCCGGGGUCUUGGGAAUUGGGAGAGCAAACAUCAAGAACAUCGUCUGUGCUUCGAAGGGCAAUCCCCUCAGCUUCGACAUGGACAAGUUGGAAACGGAGCUGUCAAACUCAAACAAGGCCAGUAUUGUCGCCAUUUCAUGCGGUGAAGUUAAUACUGGACGAUUCGCAACAGCCGGCGUCGAUGAAAUGCAAGCCAUACGAAACCUAUGCGAUAAGUACGGUGCAUGGCUCCAUGUUGACGGAGCUUUUGGAAUCUUCGGUCGAGUCUUUCUGGAGGAUGAGGACAGUUCGGAAUUUGCGUCGAUCAGAAAGGGAUGCGAGGGAAUAGAGCUUGCUGAUUCCAUUGCUGGCGACGCCCACAAAUUACUCAACGUCCCCUAUGACUGUGGAUUUUUUCUUUGCCGUCGUCCGGAUGUAGCAGGAAACGUCUUCCAGAAUGCGAAUGCAGCGUAUCUGCGCGUGAGUGGUGACACCGAAGGUCCUUCUAUCCCGUCUCCAUUGAAUAUUGGGAUCGAGAAUUCACGGCGGUUCAGAGCGUUGCCCGUCUAUGCCUCCCUCCUAUCGUAUGGGAGAAAGGGAUACAGGGAGAUGCUGCAGCGACAGACUCGGUUGGCGAGAAUGAUAUCUGAAUGGCUGUUUGACCAUCCUGCUUACAUUGUAUUACCAGAGUUUGAGAACAAGGAGGCAUUGCUGGAUACUACAUAUAUGACUGUUUUGUUCAGGGCGAAACAAGACGAGCUGAAUCGCGAACUUACGGCCAAGAUCAAUACCAUGUCCCAGAUGUUUGUGUCGGGGACAUCGUGGCAAGGACAGCCAGCAUGUAGGAUUGCCAUCUCCAACUGGAGAGUCGACGAGAAGGACUUUGCUCUUGUAACUGCCGUCCUAGAGAAUGCUGCCGCUUGA